AUGGUAGCCCACUCUGACCCCGACGCUAUUGUCGAAACCCUGAUCACAUGGGAUAUGGUAGAACAGGAUGCCAAACGCCAAUACAAGACUACCGCUAAAACGGGACCCAAACGCUCGGCCGUCCACCUUGGAGACCAAAACGGCUACGUUUCAAAAUGCGCCCUAGUUACCUUUGAUUGGACUGAAGAGCAGGAUCGACUACCUCAGGAAGGAGUGAUGAAGAUCGUUUUUCGGGACAAAAUUCAGAAGCUCUCCGAUAUGGCGAAUGGCGCCUAUGAUAAUGCCGCGGAUCAGGCCAGGACGCUAAACGACACCGAGUUACAAUUUUACAAAGAAAUGUCGGAGCUCGAUGAAAAGCCAGAUAUUCCACUGCCGCGAUUUGUUUGCGGCAGACAGUAUGGGAUCGAUGGGCUACCUGCAGGUUAUUUAAUCGUCGAAAAAGUUAACGAUUUCCACAACAUCCACAUAUACCAAGAUCUGGAAGAGGUCUCGGCUUUGGCUGGUCUUGAAGUUAUGUCAAACAUGGCAGCCUAUUCCCUUGAAUACCCUGAAAAUGCUCAAAAAUUAGCUGAAAAUCGUACCUUUGAAACACAUUUUGGCGAUUUUUCUACUUCAUGGAAAGUCGAACGGGGAAUUGACAACAUGGGGAAACGGUUCCCGGAUAAAGCCGAACAGCUUCAAGAGCUUAAGAAAGUAUCCAAAUAUUUUGCGACGAUCGAAACAUUAGUGGAAACGAUGUUGCAAAACACCAAAUUACCAAUGCUCGUCCACGGCGAUCUUUGGCCUGGCAAUAUCUUGUGGAGAAAAGAGGAAAAUGGCGACUACUUGGUGAAAUUGGUGGUGGAUUGGCAGAUUGCCCACAUCGGCAACCCUUGCGAAGAUUUGGUCCGCUUUUUAUCCAAGGGACUGGGUGGAAAGGAAUAUGCUACCAGGCGUGAUUUCUAUUUGGAAGCUUUUUAUAAUGGUGUGGUUCGGCAGGUGCAGGGCAAGCAACUGUUGCCUUGGAAAAGCCUUGCAGAGUUUAUUGCUGAGUAUGAGCGCAUCUUCCCACUGGUCUUCCUCGUUUGGUUCCCGCCGUUUAUCCAACUGGUUUCUGAUGAACAAAUAAUGGGCACAGCCCCGUAUCGGGAUCGAGUCGGCGGAAAAAUGCUGUUCUGGACGGCCGGUGGCUUUGCGUUCAUGUUAUUUGUGAUUGUCCUUCUAUUCAAUUCUCUUGCGCGAGACUCGUGCCCUCAUUUUGCGCCGCGACCAGUUCCUGAAGAAGAGCAUCUCAUUCCAUUUGAAGAUGUGCAAGAUGAAAUCGAUGAGGAUAAUAUCAAAAAAUAUCUGCGCUUGUUCACCAAAACGCCCCACAUGGCCGGGACCAAGAACCAAAAAGAGCUGGCAAAUACAGUUGAGGAUCUGUGGAAGAAGUUUGGUGUUGAAGAUGUUCGCCAAGUUGAAUAUGAAGUUCUGCUGACCUACCCGAAAUGGGAGAAACCUAAUAAGCUUUAUAUCAAAUCCGGGAGGAAAACCGUUUACCAAACAAGCGGCAUUGCGCCGGCUUUGAUUGAAAAGGAACAGGAUGACAAGUUCGGCGGCUACCAAUUUCUGGCAUGGUCUGCGGUCGGAAAUGCUUCUGGCCAAGUUGUGUUCUGUAAUCGAGGUUUCAUAGCCGAUUUUGAGAAGUUGGAGGAGCUCGGGUAUUCUGUGAAGGGAAAAAUCGCCCUAAUCCGUUAUGGACAACUCUACCGUGGAGAUAAGGUCUAUAACGCUCAAAAAUAUGGCGCUAUCGGAGUGCUUCUCUACUCCGAUCCGGCCGAUGUGGCGAAGGAGGGCACAAAACCAGAAAACCUCUACCCCCAUAAAAUCUGGAUGCCGGAAAAUGAUGUGCAACGCGGCAUGAUAGGGCAUCAUAUGAAUGGCGACCCAUUGACCCCGCUCUACCCGGCAAAGCCUGGCAUCUACAAGUCGAAAACCAUUGAACAACUCAAAAAAUCCGCGAACGUCCCGAGUAUCCCGGCGUUACCAAUCCCUUACGCCGCCGCGUACGAAAUUUUGGCUAGAAUGAGUGGUCCGAAGGUUCCGAGGGGAUGGAGGGGAGGUUUAGAUGUGUCCUAUCGAGUUGGCUCGAAAAUGAAAGAUGACACCGUGGUUACUUUCGAAGUGGACGCGAUUUUUGAGACUCGGACAAUCCAAAAUGUAAUUGGCUACAUCAAAGGCCGGGAAGAUCCUGAUCGAUAUGUCAUCCUGGGAAAUCAUUUUGAUGCUUGGGCAUAUGGUUCGAUGGACCCAAAUUCUGGAACCGCAAUUCUAGCCGAAUUGAUUCGCGCGCUAACCAAGACUGUGAAAGAAACUGGAUGGAGACCAGCCAGAACGAUAAUGUUCGCGAACUGGGAUGCGGAAGAAUAUGGCCUUAUCGGCUCGACAGAAUUUGUGGAGGAGUACGGACAACAGCUACAGGACCGAACUGUCGUGUAUUUGAAUAUGGACUGUCUCGUCGGGAAUUUGACGCUAGACGUCGCCUCAGUGCCAUCACUUUACAACGCUAUCGUUGAAACCGCAAAAGCUGUCGAAAACCCGAACGAGCAGGAAAGAAAACUUGGUCGUAAGACAGUUUUUGAUAGCUGGAAUUUCUAUGCCAAAAGCCGCGUCGACCCAAACAUUCCAAAGAUCGCGAUCCCAGGCGGUGGGACUGAUCAUCAAUCAUUUUUGCACUUCCUUGGGAUCCCGACGGUCGAUUUUACGUUCGAGAACCCCUAUACCGGCUACCCGCUAUACCAUACAAUGUAUGAAACCGCCUAUGUGAAUGAGAAUCUCCUGGAUAAUGAUGAUUUUGCGGUGCACAAAGCGACAGCCGAAAUUUGGGCCCAGCUAGCGUUACGAUUCGCCGAUUCCAGAAUCCUGCCCAUUAAUGCCACGCAAAUCCCUUGGAUUCUCCUGCAAUCCCAGAUACCUGAUAUCGAAAAGGAAAUCCGAAAAGUCGGAAAUGAGAAGGCACUUCCCGAUACCUAUGAACAAAUUGAGUUCCUGAAAAAGGCCUGUCGAUCGCUUAUUUAUGCUUCGGAUAAGUUCUAUGCCCAGGUCGCGGACACGAAAAAGGGAUUGACGCGUUGGAACGAUCACCUAAUGACUGUUGAACGCUGCUUUUAUAACCCUAUUGCCAACCCCGAGACCCCGGAUAAUCGCCAUAUUUUAUACUCGAUCAACCCGGAAAAUCGAUAUUACGCGAGGACGUUUGGGCAGGUUAGAGAUUCGCUAACACGACAUCUGAAAACGAACGGGACUACAGUAGAAGAUCUCGACCGAGAAAUGGCUCAAGGCUUUACCACCGUUCAGCACGCAAAAGGCCUGCCGAGACCGGUGGACGGCAACGAACCGAAAAACCGCGCUAUGGAAAAUGUGGUGGCGCUGAUAUCAGAGGAUUUUGAGUGUGGGGACCCGAAAUGCCACAAGCGCUUCAAGGCAAAGACACCUGCCUCGACCCUGAUUGAGCACAUCCUAUCUCGGCAUUAUUCCAAACUGCCGCUGCUUUGUCGCGUAUGCGGCCAAGUGUUUCCGAUCUACGAUAAGUCACACUUUGGACAGCGCGCAGCCUGUAAAAGCCAGCCGUACAGUACUUUCGACGCCGACGACUACCACAAGCUAGUGGCCGUAGCAAAAAUGUGCUGCCCAUCGGCGACAAUUUCGAACCGAAUUAUGGAUGGGUUAUGGCUGAAAUAUAUCGAGCCCGGGAUCGAGGGAAAGGUCAUCCCGAAGCUCGCUUCUAAUUGGGUGUACUGGACGCAGGAGUGCGAGCGUACACCGGGCUUGCAGCACAAGUCGAUCGUAUUCCCGGAAGAGCCAACGCCCAUCGUCAUGACCCCGCCCGCCGAGGAGUUGCUCAAAUUCUUUGAAGAAGCUAGGGAUCCGGAGAAUCGACCUAUUGAGAUCAUCAACGUGUUCUACACGGAUUCAACCGACUCGGACUCG